AUGGAGAAGGAUGAAGGAAUGCUGAGUGUAGUGGAUCUGGGGUCGGACCUAGGUCGGAGGCAGAACUGGGAAGCUGAAAGAGCCACUCGGCCACUCGACUGGUGGCAUUUUGAGUCGUCCUGGAAAUAUAGGGGAGUUGCUGUUGGUUAUAUAAUUGCUCGGAUCAUAUAUCGACAAUUCCUGCACCCUCUUGCCAACUUCCCGGGACCUGUUGGAGCUGGGUGGACCGAUGCAUGGUGGUUUUACCAUCUCUUCUCAGGGCGAGUAACAUGGAGGAACCAUAACUGGCACAAGAGAUACGGCACCGUUGUUCGUACGGCACCAAACCAUCUGAGUUUCAACUCUCCCGAAGCCAUAAAAGACUGCUAUGGAUUUGGCAAAGCAAACCAGUCGCUCUGCCUCAAGGACCCCGAGUUCUUCCUCGAAAGCGUAUAUGGAUCUUGGAAUAUCAUCAACGAGAACAAUAAAGACGAACAUGCCCGAAUGCGAAAAAUGCUGAGCCAUGCCUUCAGCACCAAAGCUCUAGUCGAACAAGAGUUUGUACUGACAAGGAGUGUCGACGACUUUAUGUACCACAUUGGAACAAUCAAAGCCGAAGGCGGAAAGACUGGAGUUGAUAUCACAAAAUGGUUCAAUAAUGUCACCUUUGACAUCAUGGGAGGCAUGGCUUUUGGAGACUCAUUUGGGGCCAGAGUGGGCAAUUAUGGACCAAAAUCUCGUAGGUUUCUGUCAUAUGCCCAAGAGUUCGGAAGAGAUGUUGACGGCGAAACAGAUGAUAAAUAUGACUGGGUUGGCGUCGUUCUUGACAGUGCCUUCAUCAACGAUGUCAUGAGAUGCACAACAUUAGUGCCAUACCUGCCCGAGUUUUUGGAUUGGUGGAUUCCGAGGAGGUACCAAGAGAGUAGCUACGCCCACAUGGACUAUAGUAUCAUAGAAACACGAGCUCGAAUCGAGAAACAAACCGAGCCCGACCGACCAAAAGACUUCUUACACUACAUGCUCAACUUCGCAGGACCAAAGGCGACCGAAAAAGAAAUAGCUUCGCAUAUCAACGCUCUCAUGAUGGCUGGAGUCAUCACCACCUCCACCUUCCUCUCCGGUGUUCUAUAUUACCUCAUGAACAAUGUUGAGGCCUUCGAUAAGUUGAAGACGGAGCUUCGAACUACAUUUUCCUCGCUCGAGGAGAUUACGUGCAACAGCACUGCACAAUGCGAAUACCUUGCCGCGGUUAUCAAGGAAGGUCUUCGAAUAUACCCCCCAGCUGGCGGUGCUCAUCUCCCACGCAUCGUGCCGCCGGAAGGUGCCAUGAUUUCUGGCUAUUGGGUUCCGGGAAGGACUCGGGUUUCGGUGCAUCAAUGGUCUGUUGUGCACGACGAGAAGUACUUCCACAGGCCGGAUGACUUCAUCCCCGAGCGUUGGAUCAAGGGUGAAAAGGCGUCCGAGAUGGGCGACAGGCUUGAGGCAAGUCAGCCGUUCUCGUAUGGCCCAAGAGGCUGCCUUGGCAAGAACCUUGCUGCACUGGAAAUGCGCCUGAUUUUGACCCAGAUGAUUUGGAAAUACGACGUUCAGUGGCUCAACCCAUCUGUCGACUGGGAGCGCGACAACCAGGGAUACACGCUGUGGCACCGACCGGAACUCCGGGUCCUCUUCCACGAACGCGUCGCCAGGAUUGCUUUAAGAUAAGUGGGUUUGUGGGGAUUGCGGGGAUUGUUGAAGAGCUCGGAUUGUUGGACAGAGCGCAAUUGCAAAUUGAACAUACGAAAACAUCGAUUUUACUGAUUUACAGAGGCGUUAUUGGGGUAUCUGAAGGCGAAAGGUUGAUGGGGAAGGCUGUACCUAGAAUCGCUAUAUCAUAGCGCAAGCUUAAAUUUCUUUUGUGGUCGUACUUUCCUUAUGUUUGUUUUUUGGACUUGAAUUUCUAACAAGG